AUGCGAGUCUUGCCAGUUGGACAAUCCUCGCGUCGGUUUUUUCUCGCUUUGGAGGAGAACAAUCGAGUGAUUAUUGAAAGCGACGACGCGCAAGAGCGCCGUUCUUUCGUCGUCGAAGAUAUAAAGAUACCUCUUAAUAUUUCUUCAAGAUCGGGUACCACGCAGCGUGUCGACGGGCAGCGUGGAGGCGGUGUGCGCGGUGCUCAACGAGGCGGGCGCGCUGGUGGAGCGCGGCGCCCACGCGCUGCGCCGCUGGCUGCGGCCCCCGCCGCGCCCCGCGCGCCUGCCGCCCCCGCCCGCGCCGUCCAACUCGCUCCUCUCCGCCGCCGAGGACGACGUGCUCGACGACGACGCGCAGAGGCAACUCUUUCUGACGGAAUAGAAUCCGUCACAGAACAAAUACUAUCACUGCCGUAUCGCGUGUCCCAGGCGCACAUGAACGAGGCGGAGGCGGGUAGCGAGUGGGCCGCGCAGCUGGCCGCGGACGCGUGCGCGUGGGCGGAGACGCUGCCGCGGGCGGGCGCGGGGGCGGGGGCGGGGGCGCGCGAGCGGCUGGCGUCGUGCGCGGGGGGGCUGGCGGGCGCGGGGGCGGCGUACCGCGCGGCGCGGGACUUGGCCGCCGCCGCCGCGCGCGCCGCCCUGCAGCCGCGCCUGGACGCGUGGGCGCAGUACGUCGCCGCGCCGCCCGCGCACAAGGACAUCGGUCGGUAUACUCUUGUAAAAAUGCACGCUCCGAAGUUUCUCGCCCUCGGUCCGGCGGAUGAUUCACAGAAAUUUCCACGCGUCUCCUGUGAACGUUUAAAGUGUUCGGAAAAAUCCACUACGCGCCCUCUUCUGGUUCCUGAUUUCCCUUUCCCGGAGUUUCCAAAUUCAGGGCUUCGAUUUGUUCUACACCGAAUUGGACUCACCCCCGGUCUUCAUAAUCUACCGACGACCGUCGGUAGCAGCUGCCGACCGUUUUUGAGAUACCGAAAACCAUUCGUUUUUGUGUUUCACGAUCAUCGGGCACGCAACCAACUUUCCAAGGCGGUGUUUAGUCAAUACAAGUCUGACAUAACCUCACAGCAAGCUGUGUGA